AUGGCGGCACGAAUAAAUACACCCACAAGGCUCGCGUGCCGCCGGACCGCUGCGUCGUGCCUUCGGCGGCCGCGCUUCUUUUCCACUGCCGGCGCGUCAGUCGAUCAGGUCACCGACGUCGAUAUUGCCACACUGGCCCGGCAGACGCAACAUCCUCUGAGUUUGGCCGAUCUCGUCAAACACGGCCGCCCACCACUCUCGGAACGCUCCCUUCUUUCCUCAGCUAACUUCACCCUCUCACUGCUCCCAAUCCGCCUCGCGCACCGCAUCCAGGCGCUGCGCAACCUACCCUUCAUCGUUGUCUCCAAUCCCAACAUUGCGCGCAUCUACAGCAACUACCUGCACUCACUGUCGAUCUUGCUGCCCUACUGGAAGGCCGCCGCCGCUGGCCGCGCCAUCACCACAUCGGACGACGAGGUCCGCUUCACCCACGUCCUCGCCGAGCUCGUCGCCACCCACACUGACACCAUACCCGUCCUCGCCCGCGGCUUCCUCGAGUGCCGCCGCUACAUUGCCCCCGCAGACGUCACCCGCUUCCUCGACAGCCACCUCCGCGCCCGCAUCGGCACCCGCCUCGUUGCCGAGCAGCACAUUGCACUGCACUUCAGCAGCCACGCGCACCAUGACCCUUCCGCCAGCCCGACCCCGUGCCCGGAUGACCCUUCCUACAUUGGCGUUAUUGACACCGCCCUCCGUCCGGCCGCUACCGUCGAGGCCUGCGCCGGCUUCGUUGCCGACAUCUGCGAGCUCCGCUACGGCGUCCGCCCCGAGCUCGUCAUUGACGGCGAGCCGGACGCUACCCUCGCCUUCGUCCCCAUGCAUCUCGAGUAUAUCGUCACCGAGCUGCUCAAGAAUGCCUUCCGCGCCACUGUGGAGAGCAAGACCCGCGAGCCCAUCGUCGUGACCAUAGCCCCCGAACCCGCCUUCAAGCACCAGUCCCCCGACGCCGCCCCUAACAUUCCUGUGCCGCCGCCGUCAUCGCAGCCCGAGGACGGCGGCUCCCGCACCGGUGCACCCGCCAUUCUGCCCCUCGACGACAACACCCCUGGCGUCACCAUCCGCAUCCGCGACCGCGGCGGCGGCAUCCCCACCGACGUCCUCCCGGACAUCUGGUCCUACUCCUUCACCACCUUCUCGGAGGACCAGGAGUACGCCAGCCCCGUCGGCGGCGACGGCCUCUCCGCCAUCGCCUCCGCCAGCUCCGGCGGUAGCUCCAUCGCCGGCCUCGGCUACGGCCUGCCCCUCAGUCGCGCCUACGCAGAGUACUUUGGCGGCGGCAUCGCCCUCCAGAGCCUUUACGGCUGGGGCACCGACGUCUACCUGCGCUUGAAGGGCGUCGGCAAGAUUGACAAGUAA